AUGGCCAAGGCGACGUCGACAAGCGUCCGCCCAUGGAGGAACGCGUACCUCCACUUCGCCGACGGCAAGCGCGUCGAGAUCGUCCAGGCGCACCCGGCGUGGGGCAACGACGCCAUUUCGCGCGAGCUCGGGCGGCUCUGGAAGGCGCUCUCGCCCAGCGAGCGCGUGGUGUGGACCAACCUCGCCGCGUAUGACCGAGCGCGCUACUUGGCCGAGACCCAAGUCGCGUCGGCACCGUCGCUCUUGGACAUGGAUUUGCAGUCGUUCUUGCUGACGUCGUCGUCGUCGACGACGGGCUUGGACGAUGCCUUCUCGGCCUUGGACGCACAGCCCACGUCGCCGGUGGUCGCGUCGCUAAAGCACAAGCACCCGAACCGCGCGUUUUUCUACUUUUGGCGUGCGCAAAAGGCCGCCGUGCAGGCCGCGCACCCGACGCUCCUCCCUCAGUCGCUCGGCAAGGAAAUGGGCCGGCGCUGGCGCGCGCUCUCUCGCGACGAGAAGCAGCCGUGGAUUGCGCUCGCAGCUGCCGAGGACGCGGCAGCAGAGACCUUGCCGAAGGAUGCAAGAGCCCCCAAGACGCCCAAGCACGCGUUUCAGCUGUUUCUCGAGCAUCGGCGGUCGUCGCAGCGGCAUCUCUCGUACAAUGCGCUCACAAAGGAGUCGGCGGUGCUCUGGCGCGCCAUGUCGAGUGCGGAGAAAGCCGACUUUACGCGCUUGGCUGAGCUCGAGCGGGCCCGGUACGAAGCCGAGAUGCGCCGGUACGUGCCGAUGAGCAAGGGCGUUAAGAAGCGCGCAUCUACGCCCCCCCGCACGGCCAAAAAAGCCAAUCAGAAAAGGACCAAGUACCCCAAGUCGGCGUUCGUAUACUAUGAGCUCGAGAACCGCCGGCGGUAUCAAGAUCGCCCGUACAACGAGUACAUGGUUGCGAUUGCGAAAGAGUGGCGGGAGCUGCCCGAGACCGCAAAGGCGACCUGGCGGGCGAUGGCGCGCGACGACGUGCGGCGCUACGAAGCCCAGCAGGCCGAGUCGGACGCCGGCGCGACGACGCCGGAGACCAUGUCGCUCAACGGAGCAUCGCCGCGCGAGACGUUGCCGGGCCCGCUGCCCACAGCAACGUCGGGCUUUGCUCUCUUUGUGCAUGCCAAGAAGCACGAGCUCCUUGCGAUGGAGCCGCACUUGACGCACAACGAUGUCGUCCAUAAGGCAAGCAAGCUUUGGCGGUUGCUGUCGCCGAAUGAAAAAGAGCCGUGGCGCAACCUUGUGAAAACGCCGGCCAAGAAGGUCGAGCUCACGACCCUCGACCAAUUGAACCUCAUGGAAGGCCUCUGGGACGACGAGGCGCAUCCAGGUGACGACAGCAUCGACAUGUUGGACGAAGAGACGCUCGCGGGCCUCGCCAAGGGCCUGUGACCGUUGCCUCGCGUUGCUUUCCAUCUAUCGCACCAUAUAGUCAUUUACCGG